AUGGGGAUGCUCGGCGCGAACCUGCCCGAGAGCGCGAAGUACCACCACAACCCGGAGUGGAACGACGCGGACAAGCCGCCGCCGCCGCCGCGAGCCGCGGAGACGGCGACGACGAGCGCGACGGAGGACGCGCUGCCCGACUUCGCCGCGCUCGCGGAGCGCGCGCGCGCGAUCGCGGAGGCGGCGAAGAAGGCGACGCCCAAGGUGGAUCGCGAGGCUUCGCGCGCGAAGCUCCUCGCCGCGGACGAGCGGUGGGGCGUCGGCGUCGCCGCGGACGGGCGCGCGUACUACUUCGAGAAGGCGACGCAGUCGACGCAGUGGCGGACGCCGGGGGCGCUGAAGGGCGCGCGCGCGCGAGUCGUGAUGGGCGAGCGCACGACGAAGCCGUCGCCGCCGCCGCCGUGGAAGGCGAUCGUCGACGCGAAGAGCGGGCGGACGUAUUACUGGGACGCCUCGAGCGGGGAGACGACGUGGACGAUGCCGGAGAAGACGGGGUGCGCGCCGGCGGUCAGGGUGAUACCCGCGCGACCGCCGCCGCCGACGCCGACGCCGGCGGAGGACGGCGUCGACGCGGAAGAGAAUCACUAG